UAGUCUGUAGUAUUCGUACUUUUGUAUUACCGCUCGUUCGUUCGUCCCAUUCUUAACCCCUUCAUUUCAUCGAGGACGUUCAUUGCCAAAAUAGUCAGACGCCUCGUACGAUCCAGAAUGCAGACCAACAUCUGCAGCUUAAUGGCUACGACCGUGAAGCCAUCAUGUAUAAAACGAGUGAUAAAUCCUGCAUUAACGGUAAUUCAACAGCGAAGAUAUGCGAGUAAUUUAGAUGCCGAUAUUGUUGUCAUUGGUUCUGGUCCUGGUGGUUAUGUUGCUGCUAUUAAAGCUGCACAAUUAGGAAUGAAAACAGUAUGCAUAGAAAAAGAUCCAACACUUGGUGGAACUUGUUUAAACGUAGGAUGCAUUCCUUCAAAGUCAUUGCUCAAUAACUCAUAUUAUUAUCAUAUGGCACAUAGUGGAGAUUUAAAAGAGAGAGGAAUCGAUGUUUCGGGAAUUCAACUAAAUUUACCUAAGUUGAUGGAACAGAAGACCAAUGUAGUGAAGGCUUUGACUGGAGGAAUAGCAGGAUUAUUUAAAAAAAAUAAAAUUGAAUUGAUUAAAGGACAUGGAAAAAUCACUGGAAAUAAUCAAGUAACAGCUCUUGGACCGGAUGGUUCAACCGUAGCUACAGUUAAUGCUAAGAAUAUUCUUAUUGCAACAGGCAGUGAAGUCACACCUUUUCAAGGAUUCGAAGUUGAUGAAAAAGAAAUUGUUACCUCUACUGGUGCUUUAUCGUUAGAAACUGUUCCUAAAAGUUUAAUUGUCAUUGGCGCUGGUGUUAUUGGUUUAGAAUUAGGAUCAGUUUGGCAAAGGUUGGGAUCUGAAGUUACUGCGAUUGAAUUCAUGCCUACAAUUGGUGGAGUAGGAAUGGAUGGGGAAGUCCGUAAAACAUUACAAAAAAUUCUCACUAAGCAAGGAUUUAAAUUCAAAUUGGGAACAAAAGUAACUGCAGCUUCUAAACAAAAUAAUCAGAUCGAGGUAUCCCUUGAAGAUGCAAAAGAUUCAAACAAAAAAGAAAGCAUGACCUGUGAUGUUCUUUUGCUUUGUAUUGGAAGAAGGCCUUACACUGAAAACCUUGGUUUAGAAGAAAUUGGAAUUGAAAGAGACGAGAAAGGAAGAAUACCUGUCAAUAGUAGAUUCCAAACUGUAAUUCCGAAUAUCUUUGCUAUUGGUGAUUGUAUUCACGGACCUAUGCUGGCACAUAAAGCGGAAGAUGAAGGUAUCAUUACCGUUGAAGGCAUUGCUGGAGGUGCUGUACAUAUAGACUACAAUUGUGUGCCAAGUGUUAUUUAUACACAUCCUGAAGUAAGUUGGGUUGGCAAAUCAGAGGAAGAUCUUAAACAAGAAGGGAUUGACUUUAAAGUGGGUAAAUUUCCAUUCAUGGCCAACUCAAGAGCAAAAACUAACCUUGAAGUUGAUGGAUUUGUAAAGGUUCUAGCAGAUAAAAAUACUGACAAAAUUUUGGGUGUACAUAUGAUUGGACCAUGUGUCGGUGAACUCAUUAAUGAAGCUGUUCUUGCUAUGGAAUAUGGUGCAAGUGCUGAAGAUGUGGCUAGAGUUUGCCAUGCUCAUCCGACCUGUGCGGAAGCUCUAAGAGAAGCUCAUUUAUCAGCAUACUGUGGAAAGCCAAUAAACUUCUAGGAAGUUCUGUAAAGUAAUAUAAUCUGCAAUAUUAAAUAUUGCACAUUUCUAAAUCUAAUUGGCAUUAA